AUGCGGGCUCCAGUUACCGGACCACUUUGUACAGUCGAUUCAAUUUCUCGAGAGCUUAACAAUCUCGAUGACAUUAAGGGUAGCACUGUACUUCUACACUCCUCACUCAGCUCCUUGGGCUGGGUCUGCGGCGGUUCAAAUACAGUGGUCCUGGCGAUACUCUCUGCAAUCGGCUCAGACGGCACCCUUGUGGUCCCUACGCAUACAGGCGACAACUCGGAUCCCGCGGAAUGGCAAAAUCCGCCAAUCCCCGAGGAAUGGCAUGAAACAGUUCGUGCACAAAUGCCGCCCUAUAAUCCCUACACGAGCCGUACGAGAGGCAUGGGCAGUAUUGCAGAGACAGUGCGGACCUGGCCUGGAGCUGUGCGGAGUUCCCAUCCCCAAACCUCCUUCGCUGCCGUAGGACCCUUAGCUAAGUGGCUAAUGGAAGUGCAUGAUCUGGAUUGCAGGCUUGGGGAGAAGAGCCCGCUGGGUAGACUCGAAUAUGUUGGGGCGAAGGUGCUCCUUCUUGGGGUGGGGUUUGAUGUCUGCACGGCCUUUCAUUUAGCAGAGUACCGCCUUGCUAGAAGCAUAGAAGAGUCUAUGGAGGAUAGUUCUUUUGCUGUUACUACUGAGCAUGGAAGGCAAUGGAUGACAGUGAAGGAUGUAAGCAUUUCUUGUGAAAUGUUCGAAGAAUUAGGAGGAGAUUUUCAGCAAGAAGAGUCUGUUAUAGAGGGAACAGUAGGGAAGGCCAGUGUGAAGAUGUUUAAAAUUACUGAGGCUAUCUGUUAUGCAGAAGGUUGGCUGAGGAAGAAAAGGUGA